AUGGACAAGGCGCCAAGCAGCAAGCCCGGCGCAGGCGUGGAGCCACGCAAAUACAAGGCCUCCGACCUACCCCUGCCUUCGGCAACACGCGCCGCCAUCGAGUCGCUUGCGCACGCAUUCAAGAAGGAGGGCGCAUACGACGACAUUCGCAAGCACGUAUGGGACAAGUUUGAGGCAAGCGACUACGAGGCGCAAGUCACCAAGGCGAUCCUCGAAGUCGCUGAGAAGGAAGUCGAGCGCAACCCGCAGCAACUACUCACCCUCGAUCGCCGCAAGGCUGCCGCUCUUAUUGAUGGUGCCCUCGAGCGCUCCGGUGUCUAUCAAAAGGCCGAAGAGGUACUCGGCAAGCUGAUUGACGUUGGCACCAUCGAGGAGCGCAUUCGCGAGAUCCGCCGCGCCGAGCUGGGCCCCGAAGCUGCCGAGGCAGAGAAGCUACGCGGAUCCAAAACCGACGAAGACUAUGCCGCCGACACGGCGGCCCGACGAGCGGAGCGCGCCCGCAUAAGAGACGAGCUACGACAGAAGGAAGAGGCGAUUGCGGAGGAGAAGCGCCGCAUCGCGCGGGAGGAGCGCAAGAGGGAAGAGAAGGAGCGGGAGCUGGCAGAAAUCAAGCGACAGGACGAGCGCGACGAGCGCAGGCGGAAGCGCGAAGCUGAUCACCGAGAUCGCCGUCGUGACACGGAUAGUCAGGCCAAGGACAAAGAGCCCAAGGAACUUUCCAAGGAAGAUCUCGAGCGUCUUGAGCAAGAGGCUCUGGAUGACUUGAUUCGUGAGAGCCGCUCCACACGCAGCCGGCCCGAGGUCGAGAUUGACUCAGCGCUGGCGCCACCCCCUCGCAAGACUGCUCUUGUAUCUGCCAUUGACCCCAUCCGACGCGAGUCUGGCCGUGGAUCCGUUAGAGGCGACUCCAGGACACGACGUGACAGAGGAGACUCGUCUGCGCCGCGCGACGAGCGAAGAAAGCCGGUCACGUCGCCGAGACCCCAGCAGGUCGCGCGCCAGGACACCGCCGCGCCGUCGGGAGAGAACCCGCUCACGCGACCGACGAGACGAUCGCAGCGUCCGAAGGGAUCGCUCGACUUCGCGCAGCCGCCGCGACGACAGCCGCUCCAGGCGAGACAGAGACCGCAGCAGGAACCGCAGCCGCUCACGGGACAGGCCUACCGCAGAUCGGUACGACCACUACGACCCCAGGGCAGCGGCCGCUGCACGUUCGCCUGCGCGCCGCCGGAGCAGGAGCCGUGA